AUGGAGGAGCCAAAGCAGCCGGAGGAUGCCGAGUUGUCUGUGCGGGACAAAGUGGGCGCAUUCCUGGAGGAAGGCCUAUUGAAAGGCAAGCAGAAGUUUCAGCAGUCGCUGGGUCUUGGCCAGACGCCCAGUGCCAUCCCCCCGGGUGAGGUGGAAAUUGGUGGGGAGCCGCGGCUCGUCGAGAUAGGCUGGCACCCUGUCGCAGGCCUAGCGGGCAAGUGGUUUGCGGAACAGACAGGACUGGGGAAAAUGAUCACUGAGGGUAUCAACAAAUUCCCAGAUCCCACACAGCACUGGGCAGUCCUUGUUGGUGAUUAUUGCCACCAGUUGUGGAUGGACGAGAAUCUAGACGUGAUUUACACUAACGGAAAGAUUGAUCGAGCAGAAUGGCAUACCUACGAGGUUGGAAAGACGAGAUUCAACGAUGAAGCUCUCAACCAAGCUGGCCAGAUGACCAUUUUUGCCAUGAGAGAGAAGAGGCCAGCAUAUAACCUGAUCGACAACAACUGCCAGAUAUUCGCGCUCAACUUGUUGGAGAAGAUUCAGAUAGGCAAACACAAGGAAUUUGCCACAAGUUUCUCUGUGUACCAGCGAGCCAUAGGUGCCGGUACCAUCAAAGAUCUCUUUGUUGACCAUCACCCCGAUGAGCAAUCAGAGACCGAGAAACCUGAGACACCGGUGCAGGGUACCGUACCACUUGCCCAGCAGGUCAUGGACGAAAAAACGACACAAUUGGACAGCCACGAGAAGCUGGCGUCUUCAUGA